UUUGCCAAAGUUAUGAGGGGGUGGGAGGUUGAUUGAUUAUAUAGUUAAAGAAAUGACUCCAGAGAUUGGAAAUAUUAUAUUUUUAGAUUUCUGCAAUGUAUGAGCUCAUGUUUAUGCAAAUCUGAGCACAAUUACUCAACAUUUUAUAUAUGUCACUGUUUACAUCCUUAUUGUUUAUUUUGUAUUAAUAAACAUCGAUAUUUUAUUUGAAAGGUUAAAAAAUAAGCCAAUGUAAACCCCGAGCUGGGCUGAGUUGUCUGAAAUUGUUUUUGAUACAUUUGAUCAUUUGCAUGACUGCAUAUUUAUUAUAAGUAUUUAUUUUAGAGAGACUAACCAGCAUGCAUUGCCUCCAGGACAUGAUUAAUUGGAUGAGGUGACGUCAGCUCACUUGAACACACCCGUGUGAACUCUCGCGCCAUGCCUUCUCCUAUUCCCGUCACGCGCCUGUUGCGGAAAGACAUCUACCCGUCUGCAGACGUCGCGGCUUGUAGCAGCCCGCUCUUUCAGCUGUCCCAAGGGUCCACCUUGCAGGUUCCCCCCCAGCGGUUCCAUGGUAAAGUCGCAAGCCGCCUCUGGUCCUCCGUGAUUUACUGGGAUCAGCUGCGCUCCGUGGAAGUUGUGGGCUCCGGGGGCUUCGGCUCCGUCUACAAGGCGGAGUACCUCGGGGAAACUGUUGCAAUGAAGAAAGUGAAAAAGAGCACAAAGAACAAACUGGCGUCCCGACAGAGUUUCUGGGCUGAGCUGAACGCCGCACAUCUCCACCAUAAAAACGUCGUGCGCGUCAUCGCCGCAAGCACGUGCGUGCUGGCGGACUUGGAGGAUGAAGCGAUCGGAGCGAUCGUCAUGGAGUUCGUGGGCAGCAGAAAUCUGCAGCAGAUCAUAUAUGAGAGCUCGGAGGAGCUCGGGGAGGACCGGUGGCUGAAGUACUCCACAGACAUCGUGAAGGGGUUGAGCUUCCUUCAUUCCCACAGUGUUGUGCAUCUGGACAUCAAACCAGCCAACGUGCUGGUGUCGCGGGGAGAAGUGUGUAAAAUUGCCGACUUUGGUUGUUCCCUGAAGCUGGAGCGUGACUGUGAAGUGAGCGCCGUCAGCCCCCAGGUCAGCCACGGAUGUGGCACGUAUUCACACCGAGCCCCGGAGCUGCUCAAAGGUGAGCAGGUGUCUCCUAAAGCGGACAUCUUCUCGUUGGGGAUAACCAUGUGGCAGCUUUUGACCAGAGAGCCCCCCUACACGGGUGACAGGCAACACGUCCUCUAUGCUGUGGUGGCGCACAAUCUGCGGCCGUCUGUAUGUGACCACCCGGUGUUUCUUUCUGUGCUGGGGAAGCGGUGUGCGGCAUUGCUGGGCCGCUGCUGGAGCGCAGAUGUCCGCUGCAGACCCAGCGCCGAGGAUGUGCUGCAUCAGCUUGAGCUCCUAAGGUCACCUAGAUGAUUUUGUGUUGUUAUUAUUAUUAUUAUUAUUAUUAUUAUUAUUAUUAUACUUUUGGAGAGUUUCAGUGGAGUUUAGAUGGUGUUGUGCAGCGAAACCCUGACAGGAUCGCAGCUUUCAGUUUGGACAUAAUGUGCCUCAAACUUAAACAUCCAGACGAGUUGAAGACUUGGGUUCUGCCUUCUAAGCAGUCAGCAGACCAGUCUGUUCUUAACAACUCCAAAUGUAUGUUUUGCUUAUCUAAAAUUGAUUCAAAUGGUUUCAUUAAAAUUGUUGUAACUAUAUAUAUAUAUAUAAAGGUGUUUAUUUCUGCACCAGAUUAAUUUAUUAGGCCCAAUUCACAUACUGUAUUUCUCGAGCUGUAAAUAUAAUUUUUAGACAAUGGUUAAGAAGACCAUUAGGGCUGCUGACAAAAAAGAAUUGAGUUUAAUUUCAGAUUAAAAUCAGAUUUUUAUUUUUUUUUUCAGUGGUCCUAAUCCUCUUCUUGGAAUACUGUACUUAUUAGGACACAUUUCAGUUCCUACUUAAGUUUUUGGUUUUUAAAUGACUUUGUAUGUUAAAUUUAAAGUAAUUAUUGUUGAUAUGAAUAAAUUGUAGAAAUGUGAUGUCACUCAGUGUGGCAGCAUAUUGAAGCUUUGUACUUUCA